GGAAACAAAAAGGAAGCAGUGUGGUUAAUGUAGCUGGCAGCCAGUCAGUGCGGCUCCGGUGAGACUGUAGCAGCAGGAUCACAUGUGCUGGGCGAAGAAACACUGACAACACUUAUAUAUUUCUUGAAAGACAACUUCUUUGGACUGGAUCGAGUCUUGAAAUGUACCCGGACACCCAGGAUGGUUUGUUUCCGCUUCACUGAAUCCACAAAACUGGACUGAAGUGAGUGAAGCGAUGAUGAGCUCAGGCAUGCAAAAGCCACCCUUGGCCCCAAAACCAAAGCUGGCCCAGCCCCAGAGGCCAGGACUGUCUCCGUCAACCCCCAGAAGAGACAGCCGCCUCUCGCUCCCGUCUCCUGGCACACAGAGGAAGGUUAAACCAGCGCUGGCCCCCAAACCCUGCCUCUCCAAACUCACCACUGCUGUGGAAUCCAAACCACUGGCUUCAAAGAGCCUCCUUCAAACAUCUGUGAGAGAAACCCCGCGGCUCGAAGGUCUUCUCAACUCCCAAAAUGCAACACAGCAAGAGAACAAAAAGCCGGACUGGGAUUAUAUUAUUCCUAUAUGUCUGUGUAGCCAAGAAAACUGCAUGUGCAUCAGGAACACAAACAGAAAGCUUCUCCCUACAUCUCAAGAGAAAACCGACAAGUGCAAAGUGACGAACACUUCCACUAAUGCUCACCUCACAAACCAUAAACCUCUUCAAGAAACUGUAGACAGAAAUCUCAACACAUCAGGCCCUGACGUCACCGUUAGACCAACCCUUCCCCACAGAACUUGGAGCGAUGAGGCAAAUGGUAACGUGAUCCCUCAGAGUGCACCUGGGCGAGGACCAGAGGAAGAUGCUCUUGGCUCGGAGCAGAUACCUCGUGCACCCCAGACUAAACCCGUCCCAGCAGCUUUGAGGAAACCCAUCCCUGUCCCUGUACCACGGAAACCCAGGACGCCUGUGCUGGUCCGUCAGGAAAAGGUGGAGGAGGAGAGUGAGGAGAUUGUGAGCCAGGAAGGGAGGGAAAUGAACGUCAGUGAGGUGAAGGUGUCAUCAGAGGGGAAGGGCAGCUCAUCGCCGUCUGUCAGUGUACCUGCUGGAAACAAGCCACCAAGUUUUCUAUCAGCGAGACGAGCCUGCACUCAGCCGGCGCCUCCGCCCAGGAAAAAGCCUUUACUGUCUGCACCUGAAAAAGCACCAACCUCUGCUCCUCAGACGCUCCCAAAGGAUGUGGAGGAGGAAGACCUGGGGUGGGACAACAGCAUCCAGGAGAUGGAGGUAUCGGUCGACAAGGAGGAUGAAGAGAGGGAGAGGGAGAGGGAAGGAACGCGUGAUGAUGAGGAGGCGGUGUACAGUGACUUCACACAUAGUCCUCCAUCAGGCUGUUCGCUUGAUCAACCGGAGCCUCCUGCCAUCGCUGUGGCAGCAGAGGACAAGGUGGUCAAAGUAGCUCCGAAGAAGCCCCAGAGACACAGCAGCCCGAUGGCAUGGAUGCAGAGGAAGGAAUCAUCUGAGGAGAGAGACGAGUGGAAAUCAGGAGGUGAUGAGAAGAGGCAGGAACUUUCUAAAGAAGACUGCGUUUUGAAGGAACGUGUGAUGAGGGAGCUGCCUUCGCCUCCAGACGAGAAAAUAAACAAAAAACUCUCAACACCUGGAAUCGUCAAACCUUCUCGCUCCAGCAAACAGAGAGCCAAGUCGUUCUCUGGUGCUGACCUGCAACGAUCUGAAGGACAGAAAAGGAACUCUUUCCGAAAACUGCUGGACUUGAAGCUCUCUGUGAAGAUGCUUCCCAAGCUGAAAGCGAAAGGAGGCCAGAGCUCAGACUGAACUGCGAAUGAGAACGAACAAAGCAUGGACGAAAACGGAUGUGAGGACUUCCACGAGCAUCUCAGGGCGCCGCGUAAAUUCUCCUGCCCGCUGCUCGGAGUUGAGCAAAGUGUGGACGGAGAUGAGUUUUCUCUUGGAACGGACCAAGGUGUUUACUACGAGAACAUGCCUCACUAUGAGGAGAUACCAGACUACAUGAACGUGAAUGUGGCGUCCCCUCGGACCUCCAUCUCGCAGCCUACGGCCUGGCAGAACUCGAUGUAUAACGACGAGGGCAUUUAUGAGGAGCAGGAGCCGUAUAUGUCCUUUGAGACGAACACUGAGCACCAACAUUGUCAGACACCAACAGACUAUGAGAGAAGCUCUGUCGAUGAGGAGGUGACACCCCUGGAUGAUGCCCCCUCUGAUGAUGACAUCUUGGCCAACACCUCAGACGACGAGGCCGACAGCAGCUCCAUCUCAAGUAAAGGCGACCCUGAGCAGCCAGAGGAGAGCGCGAUGCAGAGUGGAAAGAAGAAGAGCAAGAUUCAACACAUUGCCACAGAAAUCAUGAGCUCUGAGAGUGUGUUUGUUGAUGUCCUCAAGCUGCUUCAUGUUGACUUCCGUGAUGCAGCGUCCACAGCGUCCCGUCAGAGUGGGAAGCCUGUGAUAGAGGAGCGUCUCCUCAACCAGAUCCUGUACUACCUCCCACAGCUCUAUGAACUCAACCAGGACCUGCUCAGAGAGCUGAAGCAGAGAGUGGCCAAAUGGGAAGAGAAUGCCCGGCUGGCAGACAUUUUCGUGAAGAAAGGGCCCUAUCUGAAGAUGUACUCCACAUACAUCCGCGAGUUUGACAAGAAUGUGGCUCUACUGGAAGAGCAGAGUAAGAAGAACCCAGCGUUUGGCGCAGUGGUACGGGAGUUCGAGGCCAGUCCACGCUGUGCCAACUUGGCUCUGAAGCAUUACCUCUUGAAGCCUGUGCAGAGGAUUCCUCAGUAUCAGCUGCUGCUCACAGACUAUUUGAAAAACCUGUCUGAAGACUCUGAUGAUUACAAGGACACACAAGCUGCCCUCGCCAUAGUGAAAGAGGUGGCCAAUCAUGCCAAUGACAUCAUGAAACAAGGGGAUAACUUCCAGAAGCUGAUCCAGGUGCAGUGCAGUCUGAACGGCCACCAUGAGAUAGUCCAACCUGGGCGGAUCUUCCUGAAAGAGGGAAUCCUGAUGAAGCUGUCUAGGAAAGUCAUGCAGCCCCGAAUGUUCUUCCUGUUUAACGACACGUUGCUGUACACCACUCCUGUGCAGUCAGGCCAGUACAAGUUCAACAACAUGUUGUCUCUGGCUGGGAUGAAGGUUAGCAAGCCAAGCCAGGAGGCCUAUCAGAACGAGCUGAAGAUUGAGAGCGUGGAGCGCUCCUUCAUCCUCUCAGCGAGUUCGGCCACAGAGCGAGAUGAGUGGCUCGAGGCUAUUUCCACGGCGAUCAGUGAAUACACCAGGAAGAAGAUCAGUUUUAUAUCUGGCAAGCCUACAGAAGAGGUAGAGCUGAGGGAUUCUGGUGACGGUGCUCCUUUGGGAUCCAAAGCCCCCAUAUGGAUCCCCGACCCGCGGACCACCAUGUGUAUGAUCUGCACCUGUGAGUUCACCCUGACGUGGAGGCGACACCACUGCCGUGCAUGUGGAAAGGUGGUGUGCCAGUCUUGUUCCUCCAACAAAUACUGUCUUGAGUACCUGAAGAACCAGUUAGCACGAGUGUGUGACCAGUGUUUCCCUGUUCUCCAGCAGCAGAAAUGUGAACAGGCUCUAUCAGCAGCUGUAUCUCCUGGAAGCAGAUCUACCUUUGCUUUCUCCAGGAAGCAGAAGAAGAUACCGGCAGCACUCAAAGAGGUGACGGCGAGCACAGACAACUCCUCCAUGAGUGGGUAUCUGCAGAGGUCAAAGGGCAACAAGAAGCAGGGGAAGAGGCUGUGGUUUGUCAUCAAAGACAAGGUCCUGUAUACGUACGCUGCAAGCGAGGAUGUUGCAGCCUUAGAGAGUCAGCCCCUGUUGGGGUUCGUCUUAAAAGUUGAUUCAUCGCAGAAGCUACAGUUUAAGCUUUACCACAAAAACACGCUUUACUACAUUUUUAAAGCCGAUGACGUCCAAACAGCACAGAGGUGGAUCGACUCAUUCAAAGAAGCCACAGUGCUUUAACGUCGGUACGCAGCCGUGUGGAGCUGUUCAAUGAACUGUUUUACCUCAGUGCUCUCUGAAUUCUGCAAAAAGCAUCUGGAGACACCGCGUUACCUGCACUGAAACAUCCAAAUAUAUUAUUUUAUUGCUCUCAUCAGACAUACCGUAGUGACCUUUUACAUUGUUUAACAGUGUGAAUUAGCCGUGUUAAUUUUGUUUAACAUGAAUCAUUUCCACCAGGAUUCAUGCAGUUUUAGCUGCAAGUUAAAAAUCAUAUACCUGAAUCAUUGUAGCUAUUUUAGACUUUUUUUUGUUAUAUUUAAUUAUUUUUUUAAACCUGCUUGGAUCUCUGUAGCACAAAUUGUUGAUAAAAGCCCAAAUGAAUACUGUAAUAACAUUUCGAUCCACAUUUACUCAGUAACUUUUAGAGUUAAAAACAAAUCGAAUGUUCACUGUUUGGACAUAACUGUACCAUAAUGUAUAUCUCAAAUAGCUGUACAUAGAUGAUAUCCUUACUCACAUAUCUUCUGUAAAUAGACAGUUGUAAAGGAAAUGUAAUCAAAUUUCCAUGAAUCUCUCUUUUGUUAUUUAAAUUGUCACUGUAAUAAAUUUUUGUUUUACUGUGCUUUUUG